AUGGGGCGGGGUGGGUCCUUCCUGCUGUCCCUCGUGUCGGUGGCUCUGCUCGGCGUCCAGGCCGCGGCACUGAAACAGGACUGCUACGGUGCAACGGUCAAGAUUUCUGCCAUCCACGCCCAGCACCCCGAUGAACCCGUGCUGGAGGUGUACGGCUACCCCAGCGCCAUCGGGCGGGCCAUACCCGCCUCCCCCACCGGCUCCAUGCACCUGGAGCUGGCAGCCCCACCCCACGCCUGCGCCGCCGUGUCCCCGCCCGCGCUCCCCCUCUCCGCCGCCCUGGUGUCCCGCGGCGAGUGCGACUUCGUCCAGAAGGCCCUGGCCCUGGCCGCCGCGGGGUACAGCGCCAUGAUCCUGGUGGACUCCGCCCCCGGCUGCGUGUUCAUGUCGGCCAACGACACGGCCGCCGCCGGCGCGCUGGAGAUCCAGGCCGCCACGAUCACGGCCGUCGCCGGACGGCGAGACAGCGACAGCGAGGCGGAGGGACCGCGGGCGCGGGCCGAUCCCGGCUUCGUCGUCUCACGCGUCGGCGCCGGUGGCUUCGUGGUGGUCGCCUCCACUUUGCUCCUCCUCUUCUAUUACCUGGACGAUGACUGGCUGGCCAGCCUCCUGACGUUCGUGUUCAUGGCGGCAUGCUGGUCGCCGCUGGCAGAGGCCCUGGCGGCUGCGGUGGAGCUCGCGCUCUGGCGCGCGCCGCGCCUCCGCGCCUCGCUGAACGAUCCGGCCUCGCUGCCCCUCCUCGGCCCCGUCGGGCUGCUGCAGGCGGUGAGUGUCGUGGCAACUGUGACCACGAUCGAGGUCUGGCGGGAGCAUCGUGACGCGGGCUGGGCCUGGGCGGUGCAGGACGCCAUGGGCGCCGCGCUGCUGGUGUCCCUGCUGCGGACCGUCCGGCUGCCGGACCUGGCCACCGCCUGCAUCCUGCUUCCCCUGGCCUUCCUGUACGACGUGUGGUGGGUCUUCCUCCAGCCCCUGGUCACCGGCGGCCCCUCGGUCAUGGGCGACGUGGCGCUGCCGGGCCUCCUGGUCGUGCUGACGUGGCGCUGGGAUGUGACGCAGCGCUUCCUGGGCGUCCGGCCCUCCCACUACGGCCCCUGCGCCCUGGCCGGGUACGCGGUGGGGCUGACCGCCACGUAUGCCGCGCUGCGAGUCGGCCUAUUUGGCGACGCGGGGCAGCCCGCGCUGCUGUACCUGGUGCCCAGCACGCUGGGCACGACGUGUGCGCUGGCGGCGGCGCGCAGCGAGCUGGGCCGGCUCUGGACCGCGGACGUCGACCCGGAGAGCCUCAGGAGCGGUGGGGGGCCGGCGGGGGAGGACGUGGAGCAGGGGCGGGAGGCCCUCCUCGCCACGUGA